AAUGGCAUUCUUAGCCUAUCUCAUGAUGUCUUUCUCUUCCCCAGUUUCGCUUUCCCAGAACUCUGCCUUUUCCCAGAAGGAAGAGGAGAAAAAUGACCAAGUUCCAGGAGGCAGUGACAUUCAAGGACGUGGCUGUGGCCUUCACCGAGGAGGAGCUGGGGCUGUUGGACUCUGCUCAGAGGAAGCUGUAUCGAGAAGUGAUGCUGGAGAACUUCAGGAACCUGGUCUCAGUGGGACAUCAGUCCUUCAAACCAGACAUGAUAUCCCAGUUGGAGAGAGAGGAAAAGCUUUGGAUGAAGGAGAUCCAAACCCAAAUGGGUAGGCAUUCAGGAGGCAGGAAUCAAAAUGAGAUGGAGACUCUUCAUGAAGCAGGAUUAAGGUGCCUUUCACUGGGAGAGCUUUCCUGCUGGCAAAUCAAGAGACAUGUUGUGAGCAAAUUAACCAGAAGUCAAGACUCCAUGAUCACUAUUCAAGGAAAGAGGUCUCAGUUCCCCAGGCACCAUGGUUCCCCCUAUCAAGUGGGUGCACAAGAAUCUAUUAAGGCUUCUGUGGAUGACAGCUGUCUAGUGAACCUUAUAGGGGAUCAUUCCACUAUCACUGAAAAUCAAUUUCCAACUGAAAGAGUUCAGAAUUCUUGGAGUGAAAUAUAUCUGAAUGAGACACAGAAUUAUGAGAGAAGUUAUAAGCAGACUCAGAUGAAAAACAGAUUAUGCAUUUUUGCUCCGUGUGUUGACAUUUUCAGUUGCAUCACACACCACCAUGGUGAUGAUAUAAUGCACAAAGGGGAUAAAGCUCUUAGCAACAGUGAUUGUGGUAAAGACAUCCUAAAGGUAUCACCUCUUACCCAGCGUGGUAUUCACACAGGACUGCAAACCUACCAAGGUAAUGAAUGUGCAGAAACCUUCGAUGAUGGCUCUAGUCUUGAACUUCACCAGCAGGUACACUUGGGGAAGAAGUCCCCUCCGUGUGGUACCCACAAGAAGGAUACCAGUUACAGCUCCAGUAUUCCUGUUCAACAGAGCGUUCGCACAGGAAAAAAACGCUACUGGUGUCACGAAUGUGGUAAGGGUUUCAGUCAGAGCUCAAAUCUGCAAACUCAUCAGAGAGUCCACACAGGGGAGAAACCCUAUACCUGCCAUGAAUGUGGUAAGAGCUUUAACCAGAGCUCCCAUCUUUAUGCUCAUCUGCCUAUUCACACAGGAGAGAAGCCCUACAGAUGCGACAGCUGUGGGAAGGGCUUCAGUCGGAGCACAGAUCUUAACAUUCACUGCAGAGUUCACACUGGAGAGAAGCCUUAUAAAUGUGAGGUGUGUGGGAAGGGCUUUACGCAGAGAUCGCAUCUUCAGGCCCACGAAAGAAUCCACACCGGAGAGAAACCGUAUAAAUGUGGGGAUUGUGGUAAACGCUUUAGUUGUAGCUCAAAUCUUCACACCCAUCAGAGAGUCCACACUGAAGAAAAGCCAUACAAGUGUGAUGAGUGUGGUAAGUGCUUUAGUUUGAGCUUUAAUCUUCAUAGUCAUCAACGAGUCCACACAGGAGAAAAACCAUACAAAUGUGAAGAGUGUGGGAAGGGUUUUAGUUCAGCCUCAAGUUUCCAGAGCCAUCAGCGGGUCCACACGGGAGAGAAACCAUUUCGAUGCAACGUGUGUGGGAAGGGCUUCAGUCAAAGUUCAUAUUUUCAAGCCCAUCAGAGAGUCCACACGGGAGAGAAACCAUACAAAUGCGAAGUGUGUGGGAAGCGCUUCAAUUGGAGCUUGAAUCUUCACAAUCAUCAGAGAGUCCACACAGGAGAGAAACCCUAUAAAUGUGAGGAAUGUGGCAAGGGUUUCAGUCAGGCCUCAAAUCUUCAAGCUCACCAGAGUGUCCACACUGGGGAGAAACCAUUCAAAUGUGAGGCUUGUCAGAAGCGGUUCAGUCAGGCCUCACAUCUUCAAGCCCAUCAGAGAGUCCACACUGGAGAGAAACCGUACAAAUGUGAUACAUGCGGUAAGGCCUUCAGCCAGAGGUCAAACCUUCAAGUCCACCAGAUAAUUCACACUGGAGAGAAACCAUUUAAAUGUGAGGAGUGCGGGAAAGAAUUCAGCUGGAGUGCUGGUCUUAGUGCUCAUCAGAGGGUCCACACGGGAGAGAAACCCUAUACGUGUCAGCAGUGUGGGAAGGGCUUCAGCCAGGCCUCACAUUUUCACACACACCAGAGAGUCCACACUGGAGAGAGGCCUUACAUAUGUGAGGUCUGCUGUAAGGGCUUCAGUCAGAGAUCACAUCUUGUCUACCAUCAGAGAGUGCACACUGGAGGGAAUCUGUAGAAACAUGAGAUACGGUACAGCCUUAAGUUAGAGUUCACAUCUUCCUUAUGGAACUCAGCAGCUUCACAGGAAAGAAGCUAAAAUGCUGUAUUUUAAGGACUCAGUUGGGAGACUAAUUCUUUACAAACAUCAAGAUUUCUCACAGAUGAGAGAGAACUAUUUGUUCUGUUAACAUGGUCAAUGUUUAUACCAGAGUUCCAAAGCAUCCCAAUCACUGAAAUGCAACACAGAAGAAUCUUAUUCAUUGGAAUCUACCCAAGAGAGAGGCCUUACUUUAACAAAAUUAUAUGAUUGACAGACAAAAUUAAUGUCAAAUGAAAUGUAAUCUCCAAGUAGGGAGGUGUUUGUCACUACUGUAUUUCUACCAUGUAGAACUAUGCUUGGCUCAUAAUAGGGCCUGGCAGUUACUGAAGCAAAUGGAUGAAAUCCCUAGAGCUACCACACAUAUUUGAAAAUUCUGGUCAGUUCCCUAUCUUAACUGUAUAUUAAUUUAUAAUCAAAAGGAAUCCUGCAAGUAGCCUUAACAUUAGUUUCAGGAAAUAAAGUACAGAAAAUCUUGCAAUACUGCCCUCCACAAUGAUUCAAAUUUGGACAAAAAGACUUGGGCAUGGCUCUCAUCCUUCAUCCAGCCUCAGUUCUCUGUACAGUGUUAUCAUCAGCCGUGUAUGGUAUAAUUUUUAGUAUCAUUGGUUUGUACUUGAUAGGUUUUUAUGAAUAACACUGCGAUUUAUGCAGUUGGGAUUUCUGGACCCGCAUCCAUCAAGGUAUAGUUUUACUGUAACUCAAAGUGUUAAAAGUAGUUACCGAUGACAAAAAGUUUCUUAGUAAACUUGAAUUGCUAAUAAUUGGUUUCUUCUCAUUAUUUUCAUGCAGGCUUAGGUCAAUUUGCUUUUCUAUGUAUAGUCCUUCCUCCACCUAGACCUCUUGAGAAAGAGCGUUAGCAGAUAUCAAGCACAUUUUGUCAUAUUCUUUCCCCCCAAAAUGGGGGUAGGGGCCAGAAACCUGUUGAGUUUUGUUUGAAGUAUCAUUAAAAGCAGUGACUUAGAUGGGUUGCCAUUCACACACCAUUGUAUGCUCAGCACUUUCUCUUGGUAGGAGUGAACAACAUGAGCUUUUUGGAGAUUAGCUGGGGAAAAGAUCAAAAAUACUCUUGGACCUGGCAGUCUAAGCACUAGAAGUUUAGCUUAGCUUAGCAGAUAAUAACAAAAGAGAAAGAUUUUAUACAAGAUAUUUAUCCUGAAUUCAAAAAAAAAGUCAAAUGUUUGAGUAAACUUGAUAUAUUCUUAUAAUAUACACCCAUUGAAAUGAUAGAGAUCUCUAAUGACAGGGAAAUUACUCUUAUUUUUCAUGAGGAAACUAUGCUUGAGCCUUCCUGAUAUCCAAAUAGAAGUCUGUAUACCUAAAGAUGUGAUUAUAGGCACUGAGAUAAUGUAUAUAAGUAUUUGCAUUAAUAUGCUAACAAUGGGUUUACUCUGGCAGGGAGGAUUGGGAUGAUUUAAUUUUUUCAAAAAAAGUGAUUUACAGUGACUAUUACCAAUUUUACCAAAGCAGUAAAA